GAAGAGAAGCUAGUAUAGAGCAGAGCGCAUGCGCAGCUCGCUGAGCGGAAGCCGCUGCAGAGAGCUCCGCGUCUGCAGCCGCCCCUCUCCCAGUCGGUGCUCCUUCAAGUGCUUCUUCACUCUCCUUAGUCCAUGGUGCCGCGUGCCGCUUGCUCAGGUAGCUCACCUUCCGCUGCGGCCGUCCACCGCGUAGAUGCCCCUGUAAUUCACCAGACGUGUGUGGGAGCGCCAUGUGGAGGAAGGCGUCAGCGGCCGUCCUGCUGGCCUUAGCUGUGGGCUACUUCUACAGCGACAGGCCCGAGCAGGUUCUGCAGUACAUCGGCCUGCCCGUCUUCCGGGCGCCACCUGGAGACGGCUUGGAACACGCCAUCUCCGCUGCCUGGGAGGCUCUCAUCACCUUACCAUCCCGUCAGUGGAGCAAAGUGGCAGUGGGGGUUAACGCCUGUGUGGACGUGGUGGUCUCCGGCGUUGGGCUGCUGCAGGCUCUGGCCGUGGAUCCCGGUGCCGGCCGCGACCACGAGGUGCUGCACUCCAAGGAGGACCUGAGAGAGGCCUUCAUCCAUUUCAUGGAGCGCGGGGCGGCCGCCGAGCGCUUCUUCAGCAAUGAGGAGGUCUUUCAGCGGAUCGCACGUGCAGCUGCAGAGUACCCUGGUGCGAAGCUGUACGUGGGAGGAAAUGCGGCUCUUAUUGGUCAGAAGCUCGCCACCUACCCAGAACUGACGAUUCUGCUGUGUGGGCCCGUCGGUCCUAAACUCCAUGAGCUUCUAGACGAGCAGAUCCACGUCCCGCCGGAGUCUCUUCAGGAGAUGGAUGAGUUUCACCUCAUCCUGGAGUAUAAAGCAGGAGAACGCUGGGGCUCUUCUCAGGCGCCGCAAGCCAACCGCUUCAUCUUCUCCCACGACGUGUCCAACGGAGGAAUGAGCUCGCUGGAGACGUUUGUGGCCAGUCUGGAGGAGUUCCAGCCGGAGCUGGUGGUGCUGUCGGGGCUCCACAUGAUGGAGGGCCAGGGCAGGGAGCUGUGGGACGGCAGACUCAAGCAGGCGGUGGUGGCUUUAGCUGACAUUCCUAAAGACAUUCCCAUCCACCUGGAGCUGGCCAGCAUGACGGACAAAGACUUCAUGAACAGCAUCAUGCAGGAGCAGGUCAUGCCCAUUGUCAGCUCCAUCGGUCUGAACGAGCAGGAGCUGCUCUUCCUCUCUCAGGCUGGAGGGGGCCCUCAUGCCGCGCUGCCAGCCUGGAGAGGCAUCCCAGACGUGGGUCAGGUCAGCGACAUCCUCCUCUGGAUCCUGGACCGCCACGGCCGAGUGGAGCCGUCGUCUGAGAGCGAGCUGACCCGCAUCCACUUCCACACCCUGGCCUACCACGUCCUGGCCACGGUGGACGGGUACUGGGGGAACCAGGCGGGCGCGGUGAUGGCGGGAGCGCGAGUGGCCAGCAGUCAGGCCUGUGGCCUUCAGGUGGUAGACCCCAGCAAGGUGGAGCUGAAGGCGCCCCUGGAGUUUUACAGCUCUCACUCGGAGCCCAGAGAGAGGCUGUCGUUGGACCCGACGGAGCCCGUCGCUGUGUGGCGGCGGGGAAAUGUGACCUUUCACUUCACACCGGUGCUGGUGUGCAAACACCCCCUGCGGACAGUCGGACUGGGGGAUGCCAUCUCAGCGGAAGGUCUCGUUUACUCCGAGUUAAAGAUCCAGCAGCCUUUCUGAAGACUCGUUGGCAGUAAAAACUUAAGUGUCUCCUGCAGCCGCCGCUCGCAGGACUGCUCCUCGUGUUUCAGGCUUCCCCAAGUUCCUCUGACUGGUCAGCCGUUUGAAUCCUGCCUGACGUCUCUGACUGCCUGCCCGGCCACACAGAUACUGGAGCAGAAUGGACUCCGUGCGCUGGACGCGGCGCUGAAGCCAUCCUCACGACUUCCAAAGAGUUCUGCCGUCUCCACCCUUCCUGUCUCCUGCAUAUCUGCAGUACGCCGUGCCUUCAACUAUGUUCUCAUUUCGUUGUGCUCAUUUUCACAGCCAAACAAACAAAGCUGCACUUCAGAUCACCACCCAUCACUUUCAAAUGCUUAAAGACCCACUCCUAUCUUUGGAUGUAUAUAUGUGCAGUUUUUAGGCAAAAUCUAAAAGCCUACGUUUAUUUUUUGAGUUACAAAUAACCCCGUCCCCUUCUCGUCCUCAUUACAAAGCAGGGAGCUUAUGCCCCGCCCACUGUAUUUUCAACCAUCUUUUUCUGAUUCACUACAAUUUUAAUAAAGAAAAUACUCAGAAAUUCAAUUUUGAGCAUAAUAUUCUUAAUAUGUAAUCUGUUAUGAGAGGACCCCCACAAGAACACGUUAAAAACAGUUUUCCAUCAGAGAGGGUCUUUAACAGAUAAUAACCCUGCCGACUAGAGAAUUGCUCGUAAAAACUUAAAAACGCUUCCUGUCAUGAUAAGGUUUUGAUUGUUAGCUUUUAUUUUUGAGUGAUGCACUCCCAUUAUCAACAUGUUCUCCAUUUACUGUAGCUUUCCCUUUAUAUAAAUAAAUAAAACCCUAUUUUAUUUAGAAGUAGGAAGUUUAAAUAUGGGUCUAUAUGCAGUUCUAGUUAUUGAUAGUCUAUUAUCAGUAAAAACUAUUGAAAGUCUAAUACAGAUGUAGACGUAUGAUCCUUGUAUCUUUUUUCUAUUUGGUUUUAGUUCAGUCUGUUUGUGAGAGUUCACUAUUUAUGACAGGAUGUGAGCAGCUGAACUUUCUAAAAACAAACCUGAACACUUGAUGAUGUGAUGUUGGUGAACACUCCUUUAUCCUGUCUAACUCAAAUGACCACUUCAGUUGUACAACAAUGAUGGAGUCUUAAUGCAACCAUAAAACAAGCUGCACAUUUUUGAUUUUUCUUUGCGCUCUCAGAAGUGAGUCGUGUGCCUGGAAGAGUAAACCCCAGCUCUUCGUUUCUUAUUGUUUAUUUGCGAAUACAAUCUGUUCAAAGUUCCUUUCUUCAUAGUUCUUAUUUCAUGUCUUUAAGAUUUGUAACAUAUUUCACUUGUCUGUUAUUAAAUUUUGAAUGCUAUUUUGUAAGUCUUUAAAGAACCUGUGGGUAUGCAAUAAAGAAAUCUGGGGUCAGUAAA